CCAUGUUGGUUUUGACAGUCUCCCUGAUCAGCUGGUGAACAAGUCAACCUCACAGGGUUUCUGCUUCAACAUCCUUUGUGUUGGGGAAACUGGCAUUGGCAAAUCAACCCUCAUGGACACUUUGUUCAAUACGAAGUUUGAAAGUGACCCCGCAACUCAUAAGGAGCCUGGCGUACGGUUGAAAGCAAGGAGUUACGAACUUCAGGAGAGCAAUGUCCGCCUGAAGCUGACGAUUGUUGAUACAGUGGGAUUUGGAGACCAGAUCAAUAAGGAUGACAGCUACAAGCCCAUUGUGGAAUACAUAGAUGCUCAGUUUGAGGCCUACUUGCAGGAAGAGCUGAAGAUCAAACGGUCCCUGUUUAAUUAUCAUGACACCAGGAUCCACGCAUGCUUAUAUUUCAUUGCCCCAACUGGACACUCACUGAAAUCCCUUGAUCUGGUCACCAUGAAGAAGCUCGACAGCAAGGUGAAUAUUAUCCCGAUAAUAGCCAAAGCCGACACCAUUGCGAAAAACGAGUUACAUAAAUUCAAAAGCAAAAUCAUGAGCGAGUUGGUCAGCAACGGGGUUCAAAUCUAUCAGUUCCCAACUGAUGAAGAGACAGUGGCUGAAAUUAAUGCCACAAUGAGUGUCCAUCUCCCAUUUGCUGUGGUUGGCAGCACCGAAGAAGUGAAGAUUGGCAAUAAAAUGGCCAAAGCCAGACAAUAUCCAUGGGGAGUUGUCCAAGUUGAAAAUGAAAACCACUGUGAUUUUGUCAAGUUGCGUGAAAUGCUGAUCAGAGUGAACAUGGAAGAUCUGAGGGAGCAGACUCAUAGCCGACAUUAUGAACUCUACCGCCGGUGCAAGCUGGAAGAGAUGGGAUUCAAAGACACAGAUCCUGAUAGUAAACCAUUCAGCCUGCAAGAAACUUAUGAAGCCAAGAGGAACGAAUUUCUGGGUGAGCUACAGAAGAAAGAGGAAGAAAUGAGGCAGAUGUUUGUCAUGAGAGUGAAGGAGAAAGAAGCGGAGCUGAAGGAAGCAGAAAAAGAUCUUCAUGAGAAGUUUGACCAUCUAAAGCGGACUCACCAAGAGGAGAAGAAGAAGGUAGAAGACAAGAAGAAGGAACUUGAGGAAGAGCUGAACAACUUCCAGAAGAAGAAGGCAGCAGCUCAACUAUUACAAUCACAGGGUCAACAGGCUGGCUCUCAACAAACCAAGAAGGACAAGGACAAGAAAAACUUCUUCUUUAUGUAGCUGUCAGUCACCUUGCCAAGUUCCACUUUCCUCUCUCCUAAUGGACUAUAGCGCCUUAGAAGAACCAGCAGGGUCACACACACACCCAAUUGGGAGACAAGUUACCUCAUUCUUCCACCACCUCCGCCUUUCUGUCUUUGAAAAUUGACUUGUUGGACUCUGUGCGUACACGUGCACGUCUUUGACAAGUCUCAGUCCCCUCAUCACUGUUGACUUUUCACACUGCCCAGAUUAAUAGGCGUAAAGGGGGCAGAGAGAACGUGGGUGCCAUAAUUGUUGCACUGAGGAACUUUCUCUUUUCCUUUGGGGCGAUGCAAGGAGAAAGGACUCCUGAAGUGGACUGCAGAUAUGUGCGUGUUUAUGCAUGUCAGAGGGUUGGGUGUGCUUAUAUGCAAACUCCAGAUACAUUGCUCAAGUGUUAGACCAAAUCUAGCACCGAAUCUAAUUCUUUCCAGGAGGUACUGUAUUCUAGUCACCCUGAAAGCCAUAUGAAUUCACAAGGGUUCCCAAAGUUUGUCUUCAUAACACUCCUUAAACCGAGCAUAUGGGAACACAGACAUCAAAUUUAAGGACGGAGCCACCCAUUUCGGAUUAUAGCCUUUUUAAAAUCCAGUUCAAUUAGUUUGACUUCUUUUACCUUCAACUCUUGUCCACUGUAGCUUUUAUAAGAUACUAUGAACCUUGCUAGUUUCUUUGCUCUUUCAUGGACACUUCAUGUAUUGCACAUCAGAAAAUCCACCACUGGUUAUGAUGCUUGAGGAGAGGCUGUAGAUGAUUCUGACUUUUGCAUCACACGGGGAUUUGUUCUGUUAUGCUUUAAAAACUUUUCCCUGUAAACAUGUCCUGAGAAACAAGUUCAGAACUAUGGAACAGAAAAUUUUGGUUAGUGAAUUCAAUCUGAUUAAUAGUUAAUGUUUUCCCCGAGUUGCUCACAUUUAAUGUAUAAAAGAGGCACAGCCACUCACCUUACUUCUGUUUUCUGGAUCAACAACCAAGGAAUUUGAGUGUCGCUGAAACACCCAUAACUUUAGUUCCCAAGCGUAAAGUGCACUAGAAGUCUACAGUCUACUCUUCUCAUUCUGUUAUUUAUAUUUUUUUAGGACAAACUCCUACCAAGCAGUUUCUAUUAAAACAAAGAUUAAAAUAUAUUUCCAAUAAAAUGUAGUGAAAAAUCAAAGCAAUGAAAUAGAACCCAAGCAUGCCGUGCUAAAGUCAAACACACCUGUCCAAGGUUGGGUGUGUGCCCCCAGUUCUGUGUUGGACUGCACAAAUCUUUUGGGUCAAAAGCAGCAAAUGGGUUGUGGAGUGUUGUGUCAGACAACAGAGUGGCCUACUGUGAGACUAUUCAAACCUGAAAAUAGAUGUGACUCUGGGGGUAGGAAUUCUUGAUCAGUGCCAUAAUUAUCUCCCACUUUAUUUUUUAUUAAAUUUAUAUGUCACCCAUCUCGCUCAGAGGGUGACCCUGGGCGGCAUACAUUUAAAAGCCAAGACAAUAAAAGCAAUAAAAAUAUAAAUACCCCCCA